AUGGAGGCUGAUUCGAAGACGAGUGCGAGCGAGCUUGAGAAGGCGUCUGCAAAUUCGCACCAACAGCAUGUUGAGGACGUUCCUCUGGACUUCAUUGAUCCUCACCGAGCAGCUCUCGAGAACAACCCUGAACAUGCGGAAAAGUUGUCUCUGUCGACGAUACUGGCGGUCGUUUCUUUGGCAAUAUCAUACAUUUGCCCCAUCUCCUGUGGCUUUUCUCUUGCAACUGGCAUAAUCAUCCCAAUCGGCACGGACCUUGGAGAUACCACCAAGAUUACGUGGCUGGUAGGUGGAUGGUCUAUCGCAUCCUCCGUGUCCUUCUCAAUGGCUGGGGGCUUGAGUGAUGUGUUUGGAAGGAGAUGGACGAUCCUGUCGGGCCAAAUUUUCUGCGUCGUCGGCUCGGUUGUGGCUGCAACGGCACAAAAUGUGAGCACCAUCAUUGUUGCCUCAACGUUUCUCGGCUUUGGUUGUGGCAUUAUCUUCGUGAGCUAUGCCGGUAUUUCUGAAUUGCUUCCCAAUAAGUGGCGUGGAACAGGUCUGGCACUCACCGAAUACGCCAUCAACGUUCCAUGGUGUGCCAAUGUCCUUAUAGCAACUGAGUUGAAUUUGCACACCUCAUUGGGAUGGAGAUGGUGCUAUUACAUUGGGCUCAUCUUUGCUGUGGUCAGCACAUUGGGCACUCUGCUGUUCUAUUGGCCACCCAAAAGACCACAAUUCGAUAUCGAAAAGACUCGCUGGCAAGAAGUCAAAGAGUUAGACUUUGUUGGACUCGCACUUUACUCGGCUGGUUUAGUGAUCUUCCUCAUUGGCUUGACCUGGGCCGGCCAGGCGAAUCAUCCAUGGCGAAGUGCUUCGGUGAUUGUUCCGAUCAUUGCUGGCUUUUGUUGCUUGGUAGCUUGCUUUGCGUACGACUUUACAUUGGCGAAAAGACCACUAUUUCCGCUUGUGGUCUUCAGGAAACUGCGCGAUUUUACCAUGUUGCUCGGCAUCGUCUUUGUGGCUGGGAUGACGUUCUACUCCAUGAUGGCACUACUCCCACAGGCUUCUUUAUAUAUCUUCACAAGUGAUCCGAUAGAGAUCGGAUACAUUGCCCUGCCAAACGGGAUUGUUCAGCUGCUAUUUGGUGCCGUCGCGACAAGCUUUAUGGGAAAGAUCAAAAACUUGAAGUUGCAAAUCCUGGUUUCCCUGGUCAUCCAAACAAUCUUCAUCGCCUGCCUGGCCGCCGUUAUCCCGCAGAAUAAGAUCGGCUGGGCCGCACUUCAGGCUUUUGCGGUGGGGCCUUUUGCAUUAGUCGUGCUGGCUUGCUACGUCGUUGCAGGUCUCAACAUUCCAUUGAAGUAUCUAGGCCUGGCGACUGGCCUGAUAGGGACGUUUCGAAGUAUGGGAGGAAGCGUGGGAAACGCCAUCUUCAAUACGAUUCUUCAGAGCGUGGUAGGCCAGGAUCUCGGCCCUGCCAUAGCGGCCGCAGCUGUUGGAGAAGGCUUUGCUCCAGCAGGUCUCGAUCUACUAAUCCCAGCAACCAUCCAGACCGUGGUCGGCGUUCCAGGGGCCUUUGCAGGUAUUCCGGGAGCUACCCUUACCGUGCAGGAGGCAGCUAUCACCGCAGCCCGGUCUGUCUACGCUAAGGCCUUCCGUAUGGUCUUCUUCAGCACGAUCCCUUUCGGAGUGAUCGCCAUCAUUAUCGGAUGCUUCAUUCGAGAUCCUUCCAUUUACUUGACAAACCAUACUGCGAUUCAUAUGGAGAGGGAAGGUAUUUUUGGCAAGGAAGCGACCACACACGGACACAAGCACGCUGAGCGGGCUCAGGAACUGGCGUUGGAUGAGCAGUAG